AUGGGGCAGGAGUCAUUGGAUGCCAUUGCAUUCUACUUGCGCUUCCCAGGCCACCGUGCCAGGGCUGGGAACACGCACUGCCUCCUGCCACCCCAUCAGCACCGCGUUGGUGCCAGUGCUUCGAGCAUCCCCUGGGACCCCCAAAUCCUGCACGGCACCGUUUCCCCGGGACCCCCGGCCUGCGAGCAUCCCCGGGACCCCCAACUCCUGCGGGGCACCGUUUCCCCGGGACCCCCGGCCUGCGAGCAUUCCCGGGACCCGCAAAUCCUGCACGGCACCGUUUCCCCGGGACCCCCGGCCUGCGAGCAUCCCCUGGGACCCCCAAAUCCUGCACGGCACCGUUUCCCCGGGACCCCCGGCCUCCGAGCAUCCCCGGGACCCGCAGCUCCCGCAGGACCCCCGGCCUGCGAGCAUCCCCCCACCGGGAGCCGCGGCUCCGGGCCGUGCGUGCCCCGGUGCCCGGGCUGCCGGUGCGGGCGCCUCCCGUGCCCCGCCGCGCUCAGCCGUGCGCGCCCCGGGCCGCUCCGCCGCGGUUACCGGCGGGGCAGGCACCGGGCUGGGGCUCGGCCCGGCGCGGGCAUUUCCAGCGCAGCCCCGGCGCUCCCGGAGGCUGCGGCAGGGCGGGCUCGGGACCCGCCGCACGCCCCCCGCGCCGAGCGCAGCGGAGCGGGGAUGGGGCCGCCCGCGGUGCCCGGGCGCGGGGCGCUCCGGUGA